UUCGAUAAUUUUGAUAUUGGGUCACUUGUUUGUUGUGAGAAAUGGAGGGCAUUGGCAAGGCAGUGUGGACGGGCGCGCUGCUCGUGUUGCUAGCACUGGUUGCGAAGCUAUGGCGAUCAAUUGUCACCAGGUAUUGGCUGGAGCCAAGAUCGCUCGACACAAGGAUUCGAAGCCAGGGUAUCCAGGGGCCGCCAAGGACUUUCUUGGCCGGGAAUAUGCUCCAGGUGAUGAAGAUGAGAGACACUCCCAAGGAGCGGGACAUGGCAGGCUUGAAUCACGACAUUGUGGAGCAUGUGUUGCUGGAUUACCACCAGUGGUCCAAGGAAUACGGAAAGAUGUAUUUCUACUGGUGGGCGACAGAGCCGAGGAUCAUGGUCACGGAGCCCGAGCUCAUCAGAGAAGUUCUUGCCAAGAAAGUUACUCAGUUUGAGAAAUCGGACAUGAUGGUUUCUGCAAUCGCAUCCAUAAUCGGCAGAGGGCUCAUUGCCGUGAAUGGUGACGAGUGGAGCCACCAUCGACGUGUUGUGGCUCCAGCUUUCUACCUAGAGAAGCUCAAGAAAAUGGUGCCCCGUAUCGGACUGUGCGCGCUCGAGAUGCUAGACAGGUGGGAAGAAGCGCUCCGCGAGCAGCCCGAGAUUGAAAUGAGCAGUGAAUUCUCAAAGCUAACCGCAGACAUUAUCUCCCACACGGCAUUCGGAAGCAGCUAUCUCAAAGGCCAGAAGGUCUUCGAAACCUUGAGAGCAAUCCAAGAGGAGCUUUCCAAGGUCGAUCGAUACAACUAUGUACCAGGCAAAAGAUUCCUUCCGUUUCCAGCAAACUUUCGAUUGAGAAAGCUCUACAGCGACCUCGACUCGCUGCUGCUUGGCCUGAUCAAGGAGCGGCGAGCUCAGAGUGGCCAGAGUCAUGACUUGCUGGGGUUGAUGCUUGCCGAGUGUGGAAACUCUUCUUUCGACGAUCGGGCCGUGAUGGAGGAGUGCAAGACUUUCUACUUUGCUGGCCACGAGACGACGGCAAUUCUGCUCACCUGGUCCAUAAUGCUGCUUGCUUUGCACCCGGAAUGGCAGGAGCGCGCUCGCGCCGAGGCCCAGGAAGUCUGCGAAGGUGCCACUCCAGAUGCCGAUUCAAUCAGCAAGCUCAAGCUGAUCAACAUGAUCCUCCACGAAACUCUCCGCCUGUAUCCACCGGUGGUGUCAAUGAUGCGAUCGUGCUUCGAGGACACCAUACUGGGAGUUAUCCUCGUCCCAAAGGGAGCGGGGAUCUCCUUUCCAAUCCUCGCCAUCCACCACGACAAGGAGCUCUGGGGAGAGGACGCCCAAGAGUUCAAUCCGGAGCGUUUCAAGGAUGGCGUUGCCAAGGCGUCCAAGCAUCCGAACGCGCUCCUGGCCUUCUCGCUCGGGCCCCGCGUGUGCGUCGGCCAGUCCUUUUCACUCGUGGAAGCCAAGAUCGCCUUGGCCACCAUUCUCCAGCGCUUCCGGUUUCGGUUGUCGCCAUCGUAUCGCCACUGCCCGGUGGUCAAAGUUACGCUCAGACCUUGCCACGGUCUUCCUCUCGUCAUGGAGAAAAUACUCGCCAGCAAAAUCUCCAUGCGCUACGGCUGCCGCGAUACGUACGUGGGUCAUGUGUUUUGGGCCCCCAUUUCUCGCCUCCUUUAUGGCGUUUUGCGGGUUGACUACCUAGAUCCAGAGCGCGCGAGCAUCGAUCCAAUCUUUUUUGCUGCUUCUUCAUGGGGGUUUCCUCCAUUUGAUGCCAUGGCGCUGCUGCUCCUCGCGGCGCUGCUGCUCCUCCCGCUGCUUGCGUGGGGCGCUUGGGUUGGGUUUGUGAGAGACUAUGUAGCGAGGCCAUGGAUUCUAGAGGCCAAGCUGCGCCGCCAGGGGAUUGGAGGGCCUCCGCGGUCCAUCCUCCGCGGGAACAUCCGCGAGAUGAUGGAAAUGCGGGCCGCCGCCGAGGAGCGCUGCAUGGAGGGCAUCUCUCACGACAUCGUUGGCUACGCCCAGCCUCACUCGCUACACUGGGAAAAAAUCUAUGGGUCUCCGAUGAUGAUGUGGUGGGGCUACGAGCCUCGCAUCGUUCUCACGGACCUGGACAUGGUCAAGGACGUGCUCUACAACAAAUCCGGGGUGUUUUGGCGCUCCUCCAUCCAGCAGAAGUUCCUCAUGCAAGUCAUUGGCAGAGGCCUCGUCGUUGUGAAUGGAGACGAGUGGGCCUUUCGCCGCCAUAUCAUGUCGCCCGCCUUCUACCAGGAGAAGAUAAAGGGAAUGGUCGGGACUAUGGUGGAUUGCGUAUCCGAGAUGCUGGACAAAUGGCUUGCUCUAACGCGAGAUAGCAGUGGCGUAGAAGUGGAGGUAAGCGAGCCCAUCACUGAGCUGACUGCGGACGUGAUAUCUCGGACAGCAUUUGGAAGCGGCCAUGCGCAUGGCCGUCGCGUUCUGGAGCUCGUUCAAGAGCUGACCGCGAUUAUCCUACAGAGAUUCUCCAAGCCAUGGAUUGAGAGCAUGAAUCCUUUCAGCGAGCUUAACCGAGCCAUAAGAAACGGACAGAAAAAGGUGGACAAUCUGCUGCUCGAGAUCGUCCAUGCGCGACAGCAGCUCAAAGACUCGGGUGCUAGCAGCAACUAUGGCAGCGAUCUUCUCGGUUUGAUGCUCGACGAAGUGGACUCGAGCCGCAGCUUCAGCGGCAGCGGGAUCAAGCCAGAGCUGGCAUUCACGAGCGAGAGCCUGAUAGAGGAAUGCAAGACCUUUUACGUCGCUGGCCAUGAAACCACAGCCAAGCUGAUAACCUGGGCGAUGAUGCUGCUCGCCACAAACCCGACUUGGCAAGAGCGUGCUCGAGCUGAGGUGCUGGAGGUUUGUAAGUCUGGCGUCCCGGAUUCAGAAGCAGCCAGCAAGCUAAAGAUCGUGGGAAUGGUGCUCAACGAGACACUGCGGCUGUAUCCACCGGCCGUGUUCUUGGUCCGCACGGCCAUGGAGGACACGAAGCUGGGAAACUUGAUGGUUCCAGAGGGAACCGGCGUUCUCGUGCCGAUACUCUCUAUCCUCCACGACAAGGAAGUGUGGGGCGAAGAUGCCAACGAGUUCAAUCCACAGCGCUUCGCUGACGGUGUGGCCAACGCCUCCAAGCACCCGUUUGCCUUUCUCCCCUUCUCUCACGGCCCCCGGGUUUGCCUCGGCCAAGGAUUCGCUCUCAUGGAGGCCAAGGUUGCGCUGACCAUGAUCCUUCACAGGUUUAGCUUCGAGAUAUCGCCAAGUUACCAGCACAGCCCUGUGCUGCGCCUUACUCUAACGCCGAAGCAUGGCAUGCCUCUCCUCCUUAGCCGAAGAGGAGUGUAAGAAAGUUGACGACGCAACUGGUAACUUUAUGCUUGGGACUUGUAAAAUGUUGGCAACCAGUGUGUAACUUGCUCCACAGUUUGGAUCAA